AUGGCAGCAAAAGCUACAACAAUAAAAGAGGCAAUAAAAAGGUGGGAGGAAAAAACUGGCCAGCAGGCUGCUACGGCUAUAGACGUUACUUUAACUUUUCAAUGGCCUCCAAUAGAGAAAAUGGAUAAUACUUUGUCUUGUCUUACUAAUUGCGAGAAAUUAAGUUUAUCAACGAAUAUGAUUGAGAAGGCAUCUGGUUUAAACAGUCUGAAGAAGCUUCGUAUUUUAUCUUUAGGUCGAAAUUAUAUCAAGUCGUUUUCUGGGAUGGAAGCAGUCGGUGAUACUCUAGAAGAACUAUGGAUCUCUUAUAAUUUAAUUGAAAAACUUAAAGGUAUUAAUGUGCUGAGAAAUUUGAAAGUCUUGUACAUGAGCAACAAUUUGGUGAAAGAAUGGAGUGAAUUUAACAAAUUACAGGAGCUUCCCCAUCUCGAGGACCUUUUAUUUGUUGGUAACCCGUUAUACGACGGCUGUGAACUGGAACAAUGGCGCGCGGAAGCUGCAAGACGACUGCCAAAUUUAAAGAAAUUAGAUGGAGAAACAGUCUUGAGAGAAGAUGACCCACCGUUGACAGUUGCUGAUAUGCAGCCUGACAGUGGAGAUGCGGUAGAAACUUUAGUCAGCGCUGAAACUAAUGAUUAAUAAUUUUAACGUGGAAUAAGUGAUGCUUAAUGAAUACUGGUGCUGCCCUCUGCAAUGGUUGUCUGUGAUAGCGAAUUUAGAAGCGCUUCGCCUUAACGAGGAAGACAAAUCACUGGCGCCACCUGGAAAGCGUUAGUUCCAAGAAUA